AUGUCUAGAAUUGUUUCGACUCCUGAGCCACUUGAAGAACAAAAUCACGUUACAUUUAUUCUUCCAUCUAGAAAAACUUCGGCUCCUUCUAGUCGAACUCCUUCAGUAAUAUCAGUUUCUUCCACAAAUUUCACUUUAAAACAACCGCACUAUCACCCCUUAUAUCAACCGUCAUGGCGUGAACAGUUGGCUGUUGAACUUGACAAUUCGGCAAUUGGCAGUAUUUGGAAGCUAGUGGACGCUUUCAUCAACAUAUUGUUGUGCGCAAUCUACAUUUUAAAUACGGUACACCUGAACGAGGGAUUGCCAAUGUUCAACGUGUGUUUUGAAGCCGUAACUGCCAUCUUGUUACUCAUGGAGUACAUUCCGAAAUUUUACAUAUACGAAUUUGAAACGUGGGCUUCCCUAUUCACGAAGGCUUUUCCGAUCCUCACGGCCUUAACCGUUUAUCCUGU